UAUACAUGCAGUUCAUAUAAAUGCCGAGGAUCGUUUGCAGAAAUUAAACAGAAGAACUCAAAGCGUUAACAAGAACAAAUAUGAAAUUUUUGAUUGUCAUUGCAACUUUAUUGGCUGUUAGCCAAGCUGUGGAGCUGGAAAAGCCGGAACAGCAGCAGCAGCUGCCCGCUCACAUACAAAUGCUCAUAACCAAUCAUGUUAAUCAGAUCUUGCAACAGCUGCCCAAGCCCAUUGGAGCGACAACAAUAACUGGACACGUGCCACAGCUGGCAAGAGACUUGUUGCCGCCACAUGUGCAGCAACCAGUGGUAAUGCCGCCAGUGUCUGCAGUCGUGUCCAUGCCACAGAUUCCGCACAUUGUCAAUCAGGCCAUCAAAGAGAGUCACAAGCUGCAGGCUCAAGUGGCCAGCAGCUCUACUCACGCUCCUGUGGGUAAAAAGCAAGCGCGUCUGCUUGACUCCGAUGCGCCACUGAUGGAGCUAACUGAGCAUCAACGUGAGCUGGUGCAGCGUGGCAAAUGCAACUUCGAGUGUCCUCAGCAGGCGCUGCCCGUUUGCGCCAGCAAUGACAAAUGCGUUGUGGAGUUUGCCGGACAAUGUGAGCUUAGUCAAUGGAACUGCUUUAAUACCAAGAAUGUAUUCCAUCAAGUGCAUGAUGAUGAGUGUCGACAUGCAACUCGCUGCUACGAUCAAGAUAUGCAGUGAGCUGCGGGAAAGCAGAAAUUUCAUCACUACUAAUUAAUAAUUUGCUUUAUUUUAAGAUAUGCUCUGAAAUGCUACAAAUAUAUCAACAUA